GAAUCAGUGCAGGAGCAGAGGAGGCUGAAAAUGGUGCAGCAUCAACAAGGGAAAAAAGCGCAGCGGUCGUGCCGACGGAAUGACGCGCCUUCUCCUAAACACUCACUUUGAGAUUUUACUCCGAAGACAGAAGAACAGGUAAAUGGCAGGGUUUGGUAAAGUGCUGGCCAGCAGAUGCAGUGCGUAGGGCCCAGUGUCCAAGGCGACGUAAACAUGAACGGGGCAGAGGAGCAGGUCGACAUCCUGCCCUCUAACUGCUUGGUGAAAGAGCGCUGGAAAGUGCUGAAGAAGAUAGGGGGUGGAGGGUUUGGGGAGAUAUAUGAGGCCUAUGACCUGUUGACACGGGAGAAUGUAGCUCUAAAGGUGGAAUCGGCCCAACAGCCCAAACAGGUGCUCAAGAUGGAAGUUGCUGUACUAAAGAAACUGCAAGGAAAGGAUCAUGUUUGCAAAUUCAUUGGAUGUGGGAGAAAUGACAAGUUCAAUUACGUUGUCAUGCAACUGCAGGGAAGAAAUCUGGCUGAUCUGAGGCGGAGUCAACCAAGAGGGACGUUCAGUUUGAGUACGACUCUGCGGUUGGGGAAACAGAUCCUGGAGUCCAUUGAAGCCAUUCACUCUGUGGGCUUCCUGCACCGAGACAUUAAACCUUCUAACUUUGCCAUGGGCCGGUUGCCAUCCACCUGUAGGAAAUGUUACAUGCUGGACUUUGGAUUAGCACGUCAAUACACAAAUACAAAUGGGGAGGUACGGCCGCCGAGGACAGUAGCAGGAUUCCGAGGAACAGUUCGCUACGCUUCUAUUAAUGCGCAUAAAAAUAAGGAAAUGGGUCGUCACGAUGAUUUGUGGUCGUUGUUUUAUAUGCUGGUAGAGUUUACGGUUGGACAGUUACCCUGGCGAAAGAUAAAAGAUAAGGAGCAGGUGGGGCAGAUUAAAGAACGUUAUGAGCACAGGAUGCUGUUGAAACACAUGCCUGCUGAGUUUCAUAUCUUCUAUGACCAUGUGCUGGAUUUAGAAUACUACACCAAACCUGAUUAUCAGUUGCUAAUGUCAGUAUUUGAGAACAGCAUGAAAGAGAGGGUCAUAACUGAGAAUGAGCCAUACGAUUGGGAAAAAGCUGGAACAGAUACAGCCCUCCCAAGCAGCACACAUACACCACCGCAACAAAACACACGGCAAACUGCUGCCAUUGUGGGGGUGGUGAAUGUAACACCAGUACCUGGGGAAUUACCGAGGGAAAACACUGACGAUGUUCUGCAAGAUGAACACUUAAGUGACCAGGAGAAUGCCCCACCUUGUCUGAUACCUAGCAGGCCUAGCGAACCCGGACCAGCCCCACCUGCUGGUGAAGGUUGGGACGAAACUGACUUCAACCGUAACAAACUCCGGAUCAGCAUCAGCAAGACACAGGUAGUGGCAGAGGAGGGAGAGGAGCCUGCUGGAGGGGUUCAGUCCGUUUCCCCAGCAAGGGUUGGAGAAGCAAAUGCUCAGGCCCGCCCUCCGAGGUACCGGAGAGUUAACAGCCCAGAAUCAGACCGUCUCUCUGCUGCAGAGGAUAGAGGAGAUGGCGUAGAUAAACGCUCUCGUAUGGACAUGCUGGGUUCUCCAUCUAGACAUGUCUACUCUUCCCAGCCUGCUCAGAUGCUCUCUUUAGAGGCUGGACAAGGAGACCGCCUGGCUGGUGGUCGCCAUGAUGUCUCUGUAGAUGGGGACCAGGAGGCCCACAGCAACGCCUUCAUCCGCUCAGUCCCGCUGGCAGAGGAGGAGGACUUUGACAGCAGAGAAUGGGUGAUGAUUGAUAAAGAAACGGAGCUGAAAGACUUCCAUCCUGGGGCAGAGCCAACCACCUCAGGCACUACGGAUGAGGAACCGGAGGAACUUCGCCCCCUGGAGGACCUUGAGGAGAGGAGAAGGAGGGGAGGUGGGCAUGGGGUGGGCGGAGCUGAGGCUGUGGUACGACCCAAAACGCAACGCGGGAUGAUGAUUGUAGCACAGGAGGAGGGGCCAGUACCAAGCCCCACCCAUUUACCUUGCCACUCAUUGCCUCAUACCUGUCCACGGAGAAGGGAGUCGGAGCCGUUUGGACCUGAUGGACCGGAGGCCGCAGUGGCUGAAUGUUUGCCAUCCUGCUCACAAACACGCCUGAAGCGAGUGGACUUCAUGUCUGGUGUGUUGAUGUUUAACGAUCUUAGAGAGGAAGGCACAAAGACGGGAGGAUCAGGCAGUGAUGGAAGCCCUCGCAGUAGUGAGGGAAGCCCAGAGGGUGCUGCGUCCACCUUGCUCGCCCCUGCACACCGGGAUCACGACCAGGAAGAGGGCUCGCGCACCCUAGUUCUCGUCUCCACUGGCAAUGGGCAGGUUUCACCUGGAGAUGGACAGGGUACUCUUGCCGCAUUAACUCCUCAGGGAGAGCGACCCAUACCGGAUGAAUCAAAUCCUGGUACUAUCUGCUCCAUCAUUAAAUCAGAACCCAGGCCUAUCAUCAUGACAGCUGCAGCUGUGAUCACUAGUGGUUCUUCCUCGCCGCCGUUCACCAAGGUAGAACAAACUUUCAUCCACAUUGCUGAGACGACGCAUCUCAAUGUCAUGACAGCCAAACACCGUCCAUCUGGUCUGGAUGAGGUGGCAUCUACAGAGCGUGAAGAGUCUGGUGGAGGGAAAGAGGAGGAGGAGGAACGAAAAGGGGUCAGUGAAGGAGAGGACAAAGAGAGCAAUAGUGGGCAGGUUACAGUAGAAAGGGAAGAUAAGAGCAGGAAAGUAUGUGAAGCUGAGGAGGAAAAGGAAGGAAAUGAUAAGGAAAAGGAAGAAAGUGAAAGAGAGAAUGACAGAGAGGCUGAAGAAUCGGAGAAAGAAAAAUCAAGUAAGAGUGGUAAAGAGGAAGCAGAUUCUCUGUUUGUAGCCCAGUCACAUAACCAGCUCAACACUACAGCUAUUGUCCCUAAGGAAGCCCACUCCACGGAAACCAAAAUGGAAGUCAAACCAGUCAGCGUCAAACCAGAAGUAGACCAGCUGGAACAGGAAGAGUGUCCUCCUCUGACCCCGGAACAAAAGAGAGAUUCUGAAGUAAAAGAUGAGAAAGUUGUAACUCCAAUAAGGCGGAGCCGCAUUCCCAUGCUUGUGUCUGAGGAGGAAACCGGCUCGGACAAAUCAUCUCAGGCAAGUCAAGAGCAGUUGCAACGCACUCGUAAAAGCCGACACCACCAACUGGCCCGUCUCGUUCUGGAGCACAAACAGACACAUCUUAUUCGUUCUCGCUCAGCCUCUUCCCACUCCCCGUCCCCCUCGACGACAGCAUCUGAGGAUGAAACACACCAAUCAGAUGACUCCGCUAAAGGAGAGAGAGGAGCAGAAGGGCGAAUUAGGAGCAGGAUCCCUCGGCCAGUCACGCCCAUAAGAGGGUUUUCUGACCAAUCAUGGAGCACGACUCUCCCGCAAACCCAGAGAUCUGUCUCUUUUAUUCAAUACAGGACCAACAGUUCUGUCAAAACCAGGAUACAAAAGUCUGCAAGUUUGCACACAAAUAUCCAUCAGCAACCAUCCAAACCUCAGCUCCACCCCUCUAAAAAACUUCCACCCCACCCUCCUUCUUUAGGCCCCUCCCGCUCACAAGGAAGUUGGACCGCCACACCUACUGUAUCUCGUACCUCAGCUUCUACUGUCCCUCGGAGUUUCACCACCUCUCGCACAGAUAGCCCCUCACCCCAGCGCAUCCGCCGACAACCUGCAGCCAAUGAAAUGCAACGACAACCACAGCAGCCAAGACCUCCAUGCCCAUCACAGUCCAAAUCCAAACCUCAGGACCCCAUCCUCAAAAAGAACAAGUUCCACUCAGGAACUGCACCCCAAAAAGGGAAGAAAGAUCCACUAGAAUCAAAGACUAAAAUAAGAUAAUUACAGUUUGUGGAACAAGGACAUUAUUCCUCCAAAUGAUUGUUCUAUCGUUCUUCUUGACCUUCCAUUAUCAUAGGCAUCAUCAUUUGCGACCUGCUAGGUUAUAAUAAUCACUCUCAACAUCAUCAGUGUUGGACUGAGAACUCUCAUGAACCAUAGCAAACUCAACCAAACAAUGUCGAUGGAAAUGUUCUGUUUUCAGCCAAGUGACUGCAGCAGCUUCUUCAAUACCUCUGAUGAGGAGAACCUCUGACAUUUACACACAUACGUGCACAGUGAGUGUAUAAAUUUGUGUGUGUGGGGAAGUUUUCAUUAAUGAAGUGUGUUGGACUGAUGAACACACCUCAUAUGCCUUAAACCUGCAAAGGAAACAAUUGCUGCUGUCACAAAAAAGCUUCCACAGGCUAUACCCUCCUCUACACAGUGCAAAAACUACUCUCAUGUCAAAUAUAUAACUACCAAUAACAUCACAUAUGUUAAACUUCCGGUUCUAUUGUAGCUUAAAAACACUUUCCGUUCAUGUUCCGAUCUAGUUUAAGUAAAUGACUGCAGAUAAAUACACAUACAAUUAAUUUAAUUUAAAAUAAUUUCCAAAAAUGUUUUGACCUAUAUCACAAUGUCAGAAUCUGGAAAAAUUUAGCUUUACGGACACUUGCAGAAAUUUAAGACAUUUUGAAAGUCCCAGAUGUACUUAUUAUUCAACUAGUCAUUGUUUGGGACAGCCUUUUAUAUCAGCUUCUGCAUUCAAUUACUGUGUACUCAAGUUUUUAUUUAUCUAAAAAAAUAAUAAUAAUAAUAGUCAAAUGCACUUACAACUUGGCGUUUCUGUGCAGAAUAUGCAGUCAAAAUGUGGUUAACACAAGUCUGAAAUAGGCCUAAAUAAAUUUAACCUCUGCACAGAACAAAGAUGACUACCUCUGCUGCUACAAUUUGAUGUCAAUCGUUUAAUCAUAUUGGCCCCUCCCACUGUCUAUGAUUCUUCUCUCUGAUUGGGUCAAUCCAUCUGUGACACUUGUCUGCAAAAUUUAUUUGUUAACGAAUCCCAGACCAGUACUGCUCAAAUGGCAUGUGUUUGGAUUGGUUGUCUAUUUCUGUUGGUCUUUUGCAGAACUGUAGAUAAUAUAAGCAGUACUUUUGAAAACAAAUUAAUAUUUUUGUUCGAAAACAACAAAGGUUGCAAAAAAGAUUAAUGGAUGAAAAUAGUACUACUUAAUUGCAUUUUCUCAGUCUAAGAUGAAAAUGCACCAUUCGGAUCUGUAUGCAACUUUUACAGUUCAAAGAACGCUUGCGAUAACUGAAUGAAGGUCAAAGAGAACAUUAAAGAGUCUCAGAAAUUAGACAUUUUGCACAGACACACAAAGGAGCUGCAACAAUUUGAAAAUAAAUCAGCAGGAAUCAAUAACGUGUGUAAAGGCAGCAUGUCUGGGAUUUGCAGUGUUCAGCAAUGCUCUAUAGGAUGUUGUUUGUAGAAAGCACUGCUACUCCUAUUAAAAUAAGUGUUCAAAGCAUGUAUUCAAAGGGAUGUAGGCCAGCCAUCUGAUGUGAAGUUUAAAUGACUAAGGUGCUAUCACAGAAUCUUUCUACAUGCCUGCUCUAGUCAUUGGUGUGUUUUUUCGUCCUGUGCUUGGAUUAGAACCUGAACAUCCCUGAAAACUGUCAAAAAUGUAGGACGUUUCAUAGACACAUGCUGAGAAAAAAUUUAAUUUGUGCACACUAGCCAGUGUUAUUUGUGAGUUCUACAUACUUGUGUGCACAUGAACUAAAAGGGAGUGCUUUGUUUUGGACCAUUCCUACUACGGAAUCACUGCAUGCUGUUGUUUGGAUAAAAAUAACAGGAAAAAGACUAUUUCUGCUCUUAAUACCAACAAUAUAAGGUCAAGACUGAGACAGCUUUUUGGUCAUAUCUUUUCAGUGCGUUUCUUUGGGCCCAUUGAGACAGAGAAUUUGCAUGAAUGUGUUUCAUGAUCAUGACUGACUAAUAAAGAGCAACCUUUCUGAGUUAUACAAUAAAAAGUUAUUACAAAUAUCAAUGAUACAUUCAAUAAACAGAA